AUGACGCUGAAGAGACUAAUUAGAAGAGGAGCAGAUCGCUUGCCUGGGUUCAAGAAGGCACAGGUAUUUACCGAUGAAGAAGAAAAACAACUCGCUGACUACCUUCUCCAUGCGUCUCGCCUGAACUAUGGUUUAUCACUGAUGAAGUUUCGAGAACUUGCCUACGAGUUUGGUGUGGCAAAUCACAAGAAAAUCCCUGCAACCUGGGAUGUAAAGAAAAUAGCAGGUCGAGAUUGGGCAAGGAGUUUCAUGGACAGAAAUAGCUGCUUGUCUCUCCGAAAUCCUGAACCGACCAGCUUAGCUCGUAGUACAGCAUUUAAUAAACACACUGUGAGCACCUUUUUUGCCAAACUGAAAACUGUUAUAGAAAAGCAUGGGUUUACACCUGAAAACAUUUGGAAUCUGGACGAAACAGGUGUGACAACUGUUCACAGGCCGUCAAAAAUCAUUGGACCGAAAGGUGCUAAACAGGUAGCAAAAGUGACGUCGGGCGAGAGGGGACAGCUCGUAACAGUUUGUUCUGCAGUAAAUGCUUGUGGGAAUCAUGUCCCCCCAUUCCUCAUUUUACCAAUAGUGAACUGGCAAGACCGCAUGCUGCAAGGUGCACCACCGGGGUCUGCAGGAGCUACCCAUUCAUCUGGAUGGAUGACAAAAGAAAACUUCUUGAAGUAUCUGGAACACUUUCGGAAACAUUCCAAUUGCAGCUUAAACAACAAGCAACUAAUUAUUCUUGACAAUCAUGAUAGUCAUGUUAACAUUGAAAUCAUAAAUUUUGCCCGAUCCAACGGCCUGGUUCUAUUGACACUGCCCCCACAUACGUCACAUAAGCUGCAGCCGCUGGAUCGCACUGUCUUCGAACCCCUGAAAACCUACUACAACAGUGUUGCAUCUGAUUGGAUGACGAAUAAUCCAGGGAAAAACCUAACAAUUUACGACAUCGCAGGUCUACUUGGACAAGCUUAUCCAAAGGCUUUUUCACCGGCUAAUAUACAAAGUGGCUUCCGAGUGUCUGGAAUUUUUCCCUUCAACUCAGAUAUUUUUAGAGAAGAUGAGUUUUACACGAGUUUGGUGACUGACAGGCCGAACCCCAUGGGUGAAACGACCGUAGAUCCCGUAGUUCCAGAAUUUCCUCCAGCAUUAUCGCCUAGUUCUCAGCCCGGACCAUCUAAUCAGCUUCAUCAAUCGCCAACCACCAAUCCUUCAUCAGUAAUGAUUUCUCCAGUAGAAGUUCGACCAUUUCCCCAGGCGCCUCCGAGGGUUGGGAUUCCAACUAAAGGCCGCAAGCGUGGCAGAUGUAGAAUUUUAACCGAAACACCUGAGAAGGUUGAGCUGGAAGCAGAGCUUCUUGCAAAGUCUGAAAGAAAGGCGUCAAGGGUCUAA